AUGGGCUCCUCGAUCAAUCUUGCCGACAUUGAACGAAUCUCACUCCUGUCCCACGAGCACGCCCAAUUCCACCGCGUGACCGUCACCGACCUCCUCAAACGUCAGACCGUCAAAUUCCCCGGCGCACAACCCAUUUCCUUCGCGCGACGACACCUACAAGAGCUGCAAAGGAAAGACUACUUCUUGGUGGAGAAGACGGACGGUGUGCGAUGCCUGCUGUUCAGCCAUGAAAUACACGACGAGGAGACCGGAGCAACGAAAGAAGUGCACAUGCUCAUUGAUCGCAAAAACGACUAUUACAUGAUCGAGCCGGGAUACCUCCACCUACCUCGUGCCGUAUUCGACAAGAAUGGUCGACCGGCUCAACCACCUUACGACGUCCAAAGCUAUCAUAUUCUCACGCUUUUGGACGGCGAGCUCGUCCGCCAGCGAUUCCCCGACGGCCACGAACAGCUGACAUACCUCAUGUUCGAUUGUCUCGCACUGGACGGCGAGAACAUUACACUCAAGGACUAUGGCUCGCGUAUCGGUCGCAUCGACAGGUUCAUCUACGAACCCUGGCGCGCAUUCGCCAAAGACUGGCCUCAGGAGACCCGCGUUCAACCGUUCCAGAUCGCCUGGAAGAAACCCCACAUGCCGUAUGCCACGCCGGACAUGUUCUCCAACAUCAUUCCAAACUUACCUCACGGCAAUGACGGCCUCAUAUUCACCUGCAAAGAAACACCCUACGUCUCCGGGACGGACGUGCACAUCCUCAAAUGGAAACCACCUCACGAGAACACGGUCGACUUCCGCUUGCAGCUCGGCGCAUUUCCCACUGAGAUCGACGAAGACGGAACACAAUACGAAGACUUCGACCAGAAGCCACAUAUUGAUCUCCUCGUCUACCACGGCAACGACAAGCCCUCUUACCGCACUUUCGCUCCCCUCCACCUGACCGACACCGAAUGGGCCGCGAUGAAGUCCAUGCAACAGCAGCUGGACUGGCGAAUCAUAGAAUGCUAUCGCGAAGCGGAUACGGGACGUUGGCGACCGAAAAUCGAGAACGACGGCACACCACGCUUCCGCGAUGAUAAAGAGCACGCGAAUCACGUUAGUGUUGUGGACAGUGUCAUUGAAAGUAUCGAGGACGCUGUGACCGAGCACGAUCUGAUCGGCGCGUUUCCGAAAGUCAAGGCGGCGUGGAAGGAGAGGGAGAAGUUAAGUGCGGACAGGAGGAGAGCUGCGGAGCAAGAACAGCGGAAGAGGCACGAGGCGGCGAAGCAGGCACAGCAGCAGCAGACUCAACCGAAGGCGAGUGCCGAGGAAGAUGAUGGGAUGCCGGGAUACGAUUGA